GACUUAUUCGCGUUUCUGCAGCGGACGCGGCAGGUUCUCCCGGCGGUUGACGCUCUUCUCUUCCGUUUGUGAACCAUCUAACGAGCAAAGUUUUCCACGACGCACCCUAAUUUUCCGGCCAUUAGUGGCAUGUCCACCGACGAGGACUCCCUGGGCAGUCCCCUCAAGCCGGCCACGCCCACUCCCAGCGAGCGAGAGCGGGAGCGAGAGAGGGAGCGUCCAAGGGGCGGACGAUCCGGUGCGGCGGAUCUGCUGCGCCACCAGCAGAGCUUCGAGGCGCGCUACAGCGGCAUCAUCCAGAAGCAAAUCUGGGAGACGAGCAUCAACAAGGAUGUGCUGGAACGCCAGCUAAAUGCCUACUUCCCCUUCUCCCGCAGCGCCUCGCUCUCCAAGGAUGGAUCCGGCGGAUUUGAUCAGCUCCUGCCGACGGCAACGGGCGGGAGUGGCAGUGGGCUGAAGACCCGUUCCCUGGCCACCACGCCCACCAGGCGACCAGGCGUCUGUCUGGAAAAGCUGGAGACGGUGGACGUGGCCUCCCUCGAGCAGCAGGCCCAGGGAAAUUAGCUGAGAGGUCCCAAGGAUUAGGCUCACUCACUCAUGUGAUGUCCGUAGGUUGAAAGGCAGUUUCUGACAUUUUUAGGCUAAGAUAGGAUCUGCAAUCAAAAUGUGUCAUCGAGUCGCCAUAACUUCAAAGGUCUUGGCAUUCAACUAUGUUUUAUCGGUUCUGCAUACUUAAGUAUUUGAGGUACAUUUUAAGUUAGUAAACAGAAAAUUAAAUACUUAUAUAUCACCCUUGCUCAA